AUGUCUCGCAAUAGAAUAACUAAAAUUAACAACCUAUCAAACUUGACCGAUCUAAAAGUCUUGAAUUUAUCUCAAAACAGAAUUUCUAAGAUCAAUAAAAAUUUAUCAAAUUUAAUUAAUCUAACAGAUCUUAAUCUAAGUCGGAAUUUAAUAAACAAUAUAGAAAAUCUAGAUCAUUUAUAUAACUUGAUUCAUUUAAAUUUAUCAUACAAUGACAUAACUGAAAUUAAAAAUUUGAAUAAUUUAACAAAUUUAACCUACUUGGACCUAAAAGAAAAUAAAAUUGAAUUAAUCAAUAAUUUAAAUGGUUUAACAAAUUUAACUCAUCUCGAUUUGAAAAAUAAUAUAAUAGAAAGAAUUUAUCAUAUAAGUGAUUUAAUUAAUCUAAAGUAUCUUGAUUUAGGUGACAACAAAAUCAAAUCUAUUGAAAACUUGGAUUCUCUAAACAAUUUAACAUAUUUAAAUCUUUCAGAAAAUAUUAUCACCUGUAUUGAUAAUAUUGGUAGAUUGAAAUUAUCCAAUCUCAAAACAUUGAAUUUAUCAUGGAAUAAUUUAACCGUUAUCGCUGAGAGAUAUCCCCUUGUAUUUAAUUUACAAUUAUUAGAGAAUUUAAUACUUCGACACAAUAAAAUUUCUUUUAUUAGUCUAAACUCUUUAAACAAUUUAAAAUUCAUAGAUUUAUCAUUUAAUGAUUUUUCCAAAACAAAUUUUUUUGAACAAAUUUCAAUCAAAUAUAAUAGCAAUGAUAACAAGCUAAUUAAAAUUCGAUGUAUGGUUAAUUUAUUUGAUAUUAUUCAAAUAAGAAAAGCCGAUACACAGUUUAAUGAGUUAAAAUAUUUGGAUUUAAGUUCGAAUUUUUUGAAAAAAUUUGAAAUAGAGGAAGAUUGUUUGACCAAUUUAGAAGUAUUGAUAUUAAACGAUAAUAAGCUCGAAACAAUUGAAAUUAAAAGCAGCAGAAAAAAUACACUUAUUAAUUUUUUUCAACUGAUUCAACUUAAUAAGAACAACUAUCCAUUGAAAAAUUUGAGAAAACUAUUUCUUUGCAAUAAUUUAAUUAGAGAUGGAACCUGGAUUAAGAACUUGUCAAGUAAUUUAGAGGAGAUUGAUUUAUCAUUAAAUUUAUUGAAAAGAAUACCGAGGUUUGGGAAUUCCAUUACACAUGGGGAUAAUAAAUUUAAAAAAUUGAGAAAAUUAGAAAUGGCACAAUGUUCUAUUAAAAAAAUGGAAAAUUUAGGUGACUUAACAAAUUUGAGAGUUUUAAAUUUAAGAAACAAUCAGAUUGGAAAAAUCGAAGGAAUAGAGAAUUUGUUAAAAUUAGGUCAUUUGAAUUUACAAUAUAAUCAAGUUUCACAUUUGAGGAAAUUCAAUGUUAAUAAACUAAAUUCCUUUCUUUUCAUUGAUCUUUCCGGUAAUGAGAUUGAAAAAUUUAGUUCAGAUAAUUUUUUUGAUUCAUUAGAUAAUGUUUUUAUUAAGUGCAAAAAGUUGGAAAUAAUUAAGAACCAUGAAAAAUACGGGGAGUUGGUAAAACAUUUGGUUGGAGUAGAUGUGAAUAUUUUUUAG